AUAUCUUUUCUCUGCACAAUCUUAAUAUAUAAUAAUUGGCUAAGAAAUGAAGACGCAAGCAACGGUGGAACUGGUGUUCAUACCUUCCCCUGGGAUGAGCCACCUGGUUUCAGCGGUGGAGAUGGCGAAACAGCUUGUCGGCCGAGACGACCGGCUUUCGAUUACAGUCCUCAUAAUGAAACGGCCGUUUGACAAAUCCAAGGUCAGCUCCUCCACUCAAUCGCUGCUACUCACGGCGGCCGACGAUCGGUUAAAGUUCGUGUACCUCCCUCUGGAUGAGGCGGCCGCGGCAGAGCUCCAGUCCAAGUUCCCCAACAACUUCAUGUUGGAGUUCAUCAAAAUGAACAAGCAGCACGUGAGAGAUCACGUGAGAACGAUGGUCUCCACCGGGUCGACUCGGAUCGCCGGGUUCAUCGUCGACAUGUUCUGCACCCCGAUGAUGGACGUGGCGGUCGAGUUUGGAGUCCCGUCCUACGCCUUCUUCACUUCCAACGCGACGGUUCUAGGCCUCUCUUUCCAUUUGGAGUCCCUCAGCCCGGACGAAUACCAUGAUCUUACUGAGUUGAAGGACUCGGACGCUGAGUUGGAACUCCCGGGUUUUGUGAAUUCAGUCCCAAUCAAGUUGUUGCCUGUUUCGUUUCGGGACAAGGAAUUUGGGUCCAGGUUCAUGAACAUUGCCAAGACGUUCAGGCAAACAAGGGGUAUUAUGGUCAAUACGUUUGAAGAGCUGGAAUCCAAUGCGGUCAGGUUCCUCGCAGAAGACGAUAAGGUCCCGCCGGUGUACCCUGUGGGACCGGUGAUCCACCUCGUUAACAAUACAAACGAGCAAGAGGAGGAAGCGAUGGAGAUCAUGAAGUGGUUGGAUAAUCAGCCGCUGUCAUCGGUUGUAUUCUUGUGUUUUGGGAGCAUGGGUAGCUUCGGAGGAGACCAGCUAAAGGAGAUAGCUCAAGCCCUAGAGCAAAGCAGCCACCGGUUCUUGUGGUCAGUGCGACGGCCUCCUUCGAAGGGCAAAGGAGAGAUUCCAGGGGAGUACCAAGACUUGAAUGAAGUACUACCGAAAGGGUUCCUAGAACGUACGAAAGAGAUUGGGAAAGUGAUUGGGUGGGCCCCACAAGUGGCGAUACUAUCUCACAAGGCGGUUGGAGGGUUCGUGUCGCAUUGUGGGUGGAACUCAACAUUGGAGAGCUUAUGGUGUGGAGUGCCAGUGGCCACUUGGCCAAUGCAUGCCGAACAACAAACAAAUGCAUUCCAAUUGGUUAGGGAAUUAAGGCUAGCUGUGGAUAUAAAGUUGGACUACAGGAAGGAUAUUUAUACGUCCGAUAGUAGCAAUGCUAUGUUAGUGACAGCAGAGGAGAUAGAGAAUGGAAUAAGGAAACUAAUGGAGAGUGAGAACGCAUGUGGAGAAGAAAGAAAGAAUAGGGUGAAGGAGAUGAGUGAAAAGAGCAAAGUUGCUGUGGUUGAAGGAGGGUCAUCGUAUAGCUCUAUAGGACUAUUGAUCGAAGAUUUCAUGAAGACCACAUGAAUGUGCAAUUAUAGAGUGGAUUGAGACAACACGUGAUAGUGCUCAAGGAGCACCCAUUAAAUUUCAUUCCACUGACAGGAAGUUCAGUAAACAAAUAUUUGUACCCUAGCAUGUAAGGAAUGGGAGAACUUGCUUUUGAUCUUAUUUGGAAUCCUCUCUCUCUCUCCAUAUGGAGUACCUUCUUUUCUGAAAUAU